UUAGCGCUUAUUGACAUGUCAAGUUGUCAUUGGAAGGAAAUGGAGACAGACGAGGAAUUAAUAAAGGGUACAAAAUUUAAAUCCUUGAAGGGAAAAAUAUCUUCAGCAACUUUAAAAAGUAUUAAACAAAUGGGAUUUAAAUAUAUGACUGAUAUUCAGUCUGUAGUGUUGCCAAAAGCUUUAGACGGAGCUGAUAUUGUAGCUACAGCAAAAACAGGCUCUGGAAAAACAUUAGCUUUCCUCAUUCCUGUGCUAGAGGUAGUCCUUCAAUGUUCUCAGACUCAAGAAAGACAAGGUACAUAUUGCAUUAUAGUUUCACCCACACGAGAACUGGCUAUGCAAUCAUACACAGUGUUACAAGAUCUUAGAAGAUAUCAUGAAACAAUCACUUCAAGUUUGAUCAUUGGUGGAGAGAGCAGAAAGAAACAAAGUGCUGAGUUAUCUCAAGGUGUUCAUAUAGUGGUUGCUACUCCAGGCAGAUUGUUUGACCACAUGAGAACAAAAGAAUUUGAUUAUAGCCUAGUAAAAUGUCUAGUAUUAGAUGAAGCUGACAAAAUAUUUCAAUAUGGUUUUGAAGAGGAUUUAAAGCAAAUUAUUAAUCGGUUACCAAAGGAUAGACAGACAAUGUUAUUUAGUGCUACACAUUCAGAAACAACUGAGGCUUUGAUAAAAUCUGCAAUGAAAGAUGAUGUUGAAACUAUAAAUACUGAUGAAGAUAAUUUAAAAGCUACUGUAGAUGGAUUGAAACAAGGGUAUGUAAUAUGCCAAACGGAAUACAGGAUAUGGUGGCUUCACAAAUUGUUGAAAAAAACCAAAAAUCAAAAAGUGAUGGUGUUCUUCUCUAGUUGUAAGUCUGCUGAAUAUCACCAUGAAUUUUUUGCAACCCAUUGUAAUUUUUCAGUUUUGUGCAUUCAUGGUAAAAUGAGUCAAGCAGAUAGGACAACAACAAUAUCAAACUUUUACAAUGCAGAGAAAAUGGCUCUUUUCUGUACAGACUUGGCUGCCAGAGGUCUGGAUAUACCAGCAGUGGAUUGGAUAGUUCAGUUUGAUCCACCAUCAGAUACAAAUGAAUACAUACAUAGAGUGGGACGCACUGCUAGAGGUUUGGGUGCAGCCGGUAACGCCGUAUUGUUGUUGCGACCCGAGGAAAAAGAAUUUAUUACCCAUUUGCAAGAUGCCAAAAUUUAUUUAGACAAAUAUGAAACAUGGGAUAAUUAUUACAAUUUACAACCAAAGUUAGAGGCAGCUUUGGCGAAUGAAAAUUUCCGCCGAUUAGCUGUUGAAGCUUUUGAAGGCUACAUUCGAGCACUUGAGGUUAAAAAAUAUAAACACAUCUUUAACCUUUUGACUAUAGACAUUGAUGUUGUUGCUAAAUCAUUUGGAUUGAAAGAGAAACCAGACAUAGAUGUUCGUGUUGGAUUCAGUAAAAAACAUAGACCAAGAAAGAGGAUGGCAGCUAUGCUUGCUGCGAAAAGUACAGUGACGUCAAAAUGUGUCAAGAUAUAAAUAUUACUUAAGUUUAUUAAAAUGUAAAUAAAUAUUUUAUUAUUAUAAAUAAAUUAUACAAAUAAUAA